GGCUGGGAUUAGAACAUUUCACUGUGGAUUAAACUCUUUUGCUGCAAGGAGGAGAGAGUCGCACCACCAGAACCACUCUGGACUCAGGUGACCCAAUCAAUACCUUUGUCGAUUGAGGUUCCAGAAUGGUCCAGCCGUGCGGGCCCCCGAGCCGCCGAGCCCGCCUGGUCACCAAAGACGGGCGCUGCAACAUCGAGUUUGGCAACUUGGAGUCGGGCAACCACAUGGCCUACCUGGUGGACUUCUGGACCACCUUCGUGGAGAUCCGCUGGCGCUUCGUGCUCCUCCUGUUCGUGGCGUCCUUCACGGGCAGCUGGUUCGUGUUCAGCCUGCUGUGGUACUGGAUCGCCAAGAGCAACGGGGACCUGGCGGCGCCGGGCGGCGUGGACGGCCACGUCAUGUGCGUGGCCAACGUCAACAGCCUGACCACCGCCUUCCUCUACUCGCUGGAGACGCAGACCACCAUCGGCUACGGCGGCCGGGCGCUGACGGGGCAGUGCCCCGGCACGGUGGCCGUCAUCGUGCUGCAGUCGGUGGCGGGCGUGUUCAUCAACAGCUUCAUGUGCGGCGUCAUCCUGGCCAAGAUCUCGCUGCCCAAGCGACGCGCCAAGACGGUGAGCUUCAGCCACGUGGCCGUCAUCUGCCUCCGGAAAGGGAAGCUGUGCCUCCUGAUCCGCGUGGCCAACCUCCGCAAGACCCUGCUCAUCGGCAGCCAGAUCUACGGCAAGCUGCUGAGGACCACCACCACGCCCGACGGCGAGACCUUCAUCCUGGACCAGCUGGACAUCGCCUUCACGGUGGACUCCGGCAAGGACAACCUGUUCUUCGUUUGCCCGCUGACGCUCUACCACGCCAUCGAGCGCUCCAGUCCCUUCUACGAGCUGUCGGCCGACACCCUCCCCCAGCAGGACUUCGAGCUGGUGGUCUUCCUGGACGGCAUCGCCGAGUCCACCAGCUCCUCCUGCCAGGUGCGCACCUCCUACACGCCGCAGGAGAUCCAGUGGGGGCACAACUUCCUGCCCAUCAUCUCGCGCACCAGGACCGGCAAGUACUGCGUGGACUUCUCCAACUUCUCCAAAAGCGUGCGGGUGGGCACGCCGCACUGCGCCCGCUGCCUCGACGGCAACGUGGACCUGCCGAACAGGAAGCGGCACACGGAGAAGAUGGGCGUCGACAACCUGGGCUUCCACGUCAUCGACAUUCACGACGGCGUGGACGUCACCAAGAUGUGAGGCCGACACGCUUUUCCAAAGACGGAAGAACGCUGGAGAUCGUCUGUUCCGCAAUUGUAAAAAGAAGUAAAGCUCUGUGGAAAUAAAAAAAAAAAAUUUGAUCACCGUAGCUUUGAUGGCGGGGGUCACAUUAAAAAGUCACGCAGGCAUCGCACUUUAACCGCUAUUACGAUAAAAAUCGGAAAACCCAAAUGUAGCCUAAUUCAUACAAAAUUACUACUUUAAUGAUUAUUAACUCUUCCCCACAUGAAGACAUCAUGCAUUGCACUUAAAGAAACCUAAAAAUGUAACGUUACAAGGGCAAAAAGUAGCUAACCGCUAUUACGAUAAAAAUCGGAAAACACAAAUGUAGCCUAAUUAAUACAAAAUUACUACUUUAAUGAUUAUUAACUCUUCCCCACAUGAAGACAUCACGCAUUGCACUUAAAGAAACCUAAAAAUGUAACGUUACAAGGGUAAAAAGUAGCUAACCGCUAUUACGAUAAAAAUCGGGAAACCCAAAUGUAGCCUAAUUAAUACAAAAUUACUACUUUAAUGAUUAUUAACUCUUCCCCACAUGAAGACAUCACGCAUUGCACUUAAAGAAACCUAAAAAUGUAACGUUACAAGGGCAAAAAGUAGCUAACCGCUAUUACGAUAAA